AUGGACGCUUCGGAAACCCUCCGUAUGAUCGCCACUCUCAGCAGACGCCUAGAGCGAGCCGAACGCAUUGUAGCAAAAUAUGAGCAGGAGCUAUCCGCGGCCCGCCAAGAGACAGCGCAGUCUAGGAGCGAUCUGGGGGAGAUGAUCAAAUUGGCAGAGCUUCUUUACGAGACGAAUCAAAGAAUGGGAGCCGUCAUGGACUUCCACCGUGAGCAGCAAAACUUCAAAGAGGGAGACCAGGAGACCAAAUCGUUUGACGAAAUGUUUAACCUAGUGGUGGCGCAAGCCGAGGGGCAAGUGAAGACUGAACGAGGAGGCGCCGAUGUCGCCGGCGGGAACGCAAGCGCUGUGCGUGCAGAUUCGGCCAAUCCUAGUACUUCCAACUAG